ACAAAGAAAGAGAGAGAGAUUGAUGUCUGACCCCGCAAAUGGCGGCAUUGCAAUUGAACCGGAAGUACGUCAUAUGCAUAAACUCCCUCUCGUUGUGGCUGCUCUGAGGCCGAAGAGGACUCGAGGGUGGGGCUAUGGCAGAGGAUCGUAUCAGCGGACUCCCUUGGCGAGCCAAGCGGGUGAAUCGGAGAGUGAGCAGCUUUUGGCGGUGCUCGGGGCGAUGGAGAAGCUCCGGCGGGUGCUCAGUGGGCAGGAUGACGAGGAACAAGGUCUGACAGCGCAGGUGCUAGAUUCUUCAUCUCUUAGUUUUGGUACUCGAGUGAAAUGGUUCGCCAUAUGCUUUGUAGGCGGCAUUUUGUGUUCUAUUCUUGGAACAGCAAUGCUCUGGUUACCGCGUAGUGGCAUGAAACUCUUUGCAGUCUUCUACACCUUAGGCAAUAUUUCUGCAUUAUCCAGUACUUGCUUCUUGAUGGGUCCUGUGAAGCAACUGAAAAAGAUGUUUGAACCAACAAGGCUUAUUGCAACAAUUGUAAUGCUGCUUUCUUUAAUCCUUACCUUGUGUGCUGUAUUUGCGUGGCAUAAGAAAGGACUAGCUGUUUUGUUCUGCGUACUACAAUUCUUGGCAAUGACCUGGUACAGUCUGUCAUAUAUCCCUUUUGCAAGAGAUGCUGUGAUGAAAUGCUUCACAUCCUGCCUAGGUUAAAGUAAAUUCUGGAAGCCAGCUUUACUUCCCCUUCAAGUUUACUCAAACAGUUUCAGCCCCAGGAACACAAAUGUCCUCCUUGAACAAUGCAAAUUAAAUUUUGUUAAAAGAAAUGUAUAUACACUUAAAGCCUUGCAUGUCGGGAAAACCCGUGUGUUCUUAAAUCCAUGCUACUUCUUAAAAUGAUUUCCCUCAUAUAGUAGCCUUAAAACUGUUGGGUCAAGUUCUGCUAACAUGGUUUAAGCUCAAACAUAAUUGUCUUUUGAGUUGCAGAUAAAAUACAUGUAAACACUCUCAAAUUUGCUAUUUAUCUUUAUCAUUUGUGCAUUAAUUGUUAUAUGCUUUCCCAAAGACCAAGAUCUUUAAAAUGAUUGUAAAAUAAAAUAUUUUACUAUUUAUAUCUAAUGGGGAUCAUCUAAAAUGUAUAGAAUGGAAAGUGUGUGGAUGUGUGAGAAAGCUUGGAAUUUCUGUUAAGCUUAUAUUUUAAAUGCCAACUUUUUUUUUACUGAGACUUAAAAUACACGUGAUUAGAAGUGCUUUGAAUAAUGUAUUAAAUCAGUGAUUCUGCAAAAUAAAUAGAACUAUUUUUAAAAGAA